AUUUCUCAGUACUGGACAAAGCACUAAUUUUCAGGCUGCAGAGCUCAAUUACUCUGUUGUCUACAUCAUGAUUCUACACUUCAUAUAUGACAGCCUUGAUUAUAAAAGCUGGAUCAUUUUAUUUUUUGUUUUACUGCUUCUCGCUGAUAUGAUCAAAAAUAAGAAUCCUUUCAAUUUUCCCCCAGGACCAUGGCCUGUACCAUUCCUGGGAAAUGUCUUCACUGAGAUGGACUUUAAGACCAUGGAUAAGUUGGCUGAAGUCUACGGGAAUGUAUUCAGCCUAAGAGUGGGCAGUGAAAAAAUGGUUAUCGUAUCUGGAUAUAAAACGGUAAAGGAGGCUCUGCUUGGGCAGAUUGACUGCUUUGUUGACCGUCCAAAUAUCCCUCUGUUUAGCAAAAUCUUUAAGAAAAUUGGUAUUAUAUCGAGCAGUGGAUACCCAUGGCGCAUGCAUAGGAAGUUUACUGUCUCCCAUUUGCGGACCUUUGGAGAGGGGAAGAAAAGCCUUGAGCUCAGUGUUCAACAAGAGUGUGUCUACCUUUGUGAUGCCUUCAAAGCAGAAAAGGGACCUUUCGAUCCCCUGGUGACCUUAAAUAGUGCUGUCUCAAACAUCAUCGCCUGCUUGAUAUUUGGACAACGAUUUGACUAUCAUGAUGAAUAUUACCAAAACAUUCUACGCCUUGAUACUGAAUGCAUUAAGUUAGCAGGCUCUCCUAGAGCACAGCUGUACAAUGUGUGGCCCAGCCUUUUUGACUACUUACCUGGCCCCCACCAAACAAUGUUUGCCAACUAUAAUAAGAUCACAGACUUCCUGAGAGGAGAGAUCAGAAAACACAGAGAAGACUGGGAUCCCUCAAACCCUCGUGACUACAUAGACAACUACCUGUCAGAGAUGGAAAUGAAAGAGAGUGACCCUGAGGCUAAUUUUAAUAUAGAAAGUUUAGUCGUGGCUUGCCUAGACCUGGUUGAGGCUGGGACAGAGUCUUCUACAACAACAUUACGCUGGGGUCUGCUUUAUAUGAUAAAGUUUCCUGAAAUACAGGAAAAGGUCCAGGCAGAGAUAAACAGUGUGAUUGGGCUGUCACGACAGCCCUGCUUGGCUGACAAAGAUAACAUGCCCUACACUGAUGCUGUUAUACAUGAGAUUCAAAGAUUUGGCAACGUUGUUCCACUGGGAUUUCCUAAACAAGCUAUUAAAGACACAAUGCUAGCAGGAUACUUUAUUCCUAAGGGGACCUCUAUUACAACAAACCUGUCUUCAGUUCUGCAUGAUCCACACGAAUGGGAAACACCAGACACCUUUAACCCAAAACAUUUCCUGGAUGAACAAGGCAGGUUUCGGAAGAGAGAUGCCUUCCAACCAUUUUCAGCAGGUAAGAGAGCAUGUUUGGGAGAGCAGCUGGCUCGCAUGGAGCUCUUCCUGUUCUUCACCUCCUUGCUGCAGCGAUUCAGUUUCUCUAAAUGUCCAGGAGAGGAACCCAGUUUGGAUGGCGAGAUAUGGUUUACAUAUGCUCCUGCUCCUUUCUGCAUUUGUUUGUCCCCAGUGUGAUUUUGUGUUACAAGUGACGCAUUUUACGUGAGCAUAUGAACAAAGUUGAAGUAAUAAAAAUAUUAUUAUUGGUCUGUUUUAUGCAUUAUGUCUUUAUGAAACUUCAUAAAGACAGGUUCUGUGUUUUCCUACCCAUAUACCCCCAGUCAUACAUAAUACUACUUUAGCACAGCAGUUGUAAUUUUGACAAGAUACAAAAGACAAAGACUUUGCAAAAAAAGUAGAUAAUGUUUUCUGAUAACUAUUGUGUGCAAACAUCUUCCAACACCUGUAACUGUACUCUGUACCACUAGUUAUUCCAUAUGUUACCAUAAAGUCCAAUUUCUGACUAAAUGUUUUGACAAUGUUUUAAUGCUUAUGGCUAUUUGUUCUGAUGUAUAAAUACUGUAAUUGUCACAUAUACAAUACACUUAUUCAAGUUUUUUCCUGAGAAA